AGAAGGUUUGAUGCAGCUGCUUCAAGAAAUGGGAAAAGCGCAAUUAUACUUGGGUCACUAUUGUUGUCGGAAAGCAAUUGAAGUCUUAAAUAGUCUUCCUCCUCAACAUUAUGAAACAGGUUGGGUAUUAACUACUCUUGGAAAAGCACAUUUUGAAUUAGCUGAAUAUAGUCAAGCUAUAACUUUGUUUGAAGAAGUCAGACGUUUAGAGCCACAUAGACUCCAAGGCAUGGAAUAUUAUAGUACUGCUCUGUGGCAUUUGCAAAAAGAAGUUGCUUUAUCAACACUAGCUCAGGAAUUAACUGACUUUGAUAUUAAAAGUCCUCAAACUUGGUGUGCUGCUGGUAACUGUUUCAGCUUACAAAAAGAGCAUGAAACUGCUAUUAAGUAUCUGCAACGAGCUGUUCAAGUGGAUGAAAAUUUUUCAUAUGCUCAUACUCUUUUAGGACAUGAAUAUGUAAUGACAGAAGAAAUGGAUAAAGCAAUGACCUGUUUCCGAAACGCAAUAAGAAUAGACCCUAGACAUUAUAAUGCUUGGUAUGGUGUUGGUAUGAUAUAUUAUAAGCAAGAAAAGUUCCAAUUAGCUGAAGUUCAUUACAGGAAAGCUCUAGCUAUAAACCCUCAGAGUUCUGUUCUCAUGUGCCAUAUAGGAGUGGUAAGACUUAAUUCUUUGUAGUUGGGAUUUGUUAUU